UACUAUCGGCAUAUAAAAGCCAGUGACACGAUGUACAACAGACGUCAUUCUACUUUACAACGUUCCACAGAAGGCUGGUUUAUCAGUUGAAGAAAAUUGAUUUUUUACAGAUAUGCUCUACUUGUUAUUCUUGGCCUGUCUGGCCACGGCAACUGGCCACACCUUCAAUACCGUUUACUCGUGGAAACAGGUCGAAUUCAAACUUCCAAACGAUACCAUACGAAAUGAGUAUAUUGCUUCCGGUGAUUACAUCCCAGAUAAUAAUAUGCCAUUAGGCUUGGCAACUUGGCACAACAAAAUGUUCGUCACAAUACCGCGAUGGAGAAAUGGCGUUUUAGCUACAUUAAAUAGCUUCCCAAUGACCAACACACAUAGUCCGAUCUUAACACCGUAUCCUAAUUUCGAGGCAAAUGACAUUCAUUCAUCCGACGGUCUCGUAAGCAUCUUCCGCGUCAGAAUCGAUGCCUGCGAUCGCAUGUGGGGUCUCGAUACAGGAGUGGAUGAUGUUUUAGGAAAUUACACAGUUGUGCGACCAAUGACACUUACUGUCAUCGAUUUGAAAACGGAUAAGAUUAUUCGCAAGUACGUUUUGAAAGAUACAGACGUAAAACCGAAUAGCUUUAUUGCCGAUCUUGUGGUCGAUGUUGUACCUGGACAAUGUGACAAAGCCUAUGUGUACAUGAGUGACUUGGGUGAAAAUGGUAUAGUGGUGUAUGACUGGGAAAAGAAUGAUUCUUGGCGGAUUAGUCAUCACUUCUUCCAUUUCGAUCCAUUAAAUGGUGAUUACAACGUUAAUGGCUAUAAUUUCCAAUGGGCCGACGGUGUUUUUGGGAUGUCUUUGUCACCAAUUUGCGGCGAUGGAUACAGAACACUCUAUUUUCAUGCUAUGUCCGGUAUCACGGAAUUUUUCGUAUCUACGAAUAUUCUGCAAGAUAAUACAUUGAAAAAAUGGGAGGACUACGCUAAUUUCCAUAUUGUUGGUAAUAAGGGACCGUUGACUCAAGGACCAUCUUCCAUCAUCGAUUCAGAAACAUCUGUCGAUUAUUUUACUCAAGUAAAUAGAAAUGGUAUCGCGUGUUGGGAUACUAAAGUGAAAUUAAAUCCAAAAACGUUCAAAUUGGUGGCGCAAGACAACACGACAUUGGUGUUUCCUCAAGAUAUAGCAAUCGACAAUAAUUAUCGACAAUUAUACGUGCUUUCUAAUAAUUUACAGAAAUUUUUACAUGGAAGUUUCGAUCCGUUGACGACAAACUUUUUCAUUACUUCAGCUGAUCUCGGGAAAUUAACAACUUUAUGCAAAAAUAAUACAGUAGAAUAAUCAAAAUUAGAUUACAAAGAGU